AUGGCGAUGCAAGCGGCCAAGCGAGCCAACAUCCGGCUGCCUCCAGAAGUGAAUCGGAUCCUCUAUAUUAGGAACCUGCCGUAUAAAAUCACAGCGGAAGAAAUGUAUGAUAUUUUUGGGAAAUACGGGCCUAUUCGGCAAAUCAGAGUUGGAAACACUCCUGAGACCAGAGGAACGGCCUACGUGGUCUACGAAGACAUCUUCGACGCCAAGAACGCUUGCGACCACCUGUCAGGAUUCAACGUCUGCAACAGAUACCUUGUCGUUCUGUACUACAACGCCAACAGGGCAUUCCAGAAGAUGGACACAAAGAAGAAAGAGGAACAGCUUAAGCUUCUUAAGGAAAAAUACGGCAUUAAUACCGACCCGCCAAAAUAA